AUGGCGUGGGCGCCGGGGAAUUUCUUGGUGCUGAGCUCCAAGACGGCCGUGGGGAAAGUGUACAACAUCUCUCAGAGCCACACGCCUAUCGGAUCCGUGAAACUCGGCGAGACAGGGAGCGGCGUGAGAGACAUGGCCUGGCUGCCUGCGCAGCCGGAAGCGAACCUGGGGGGCUCCGCAAGUGCCGGCCCCAGGGCGAUCUGCGGCUUUCUAGACGGAUCUCUGUCCGUCGCGGACACUGCUUUCGGGGGAAGACGGGCGUGGGGGAAGAGGCCCGGCGGCCGCAGCGGCGCCGCCGCGGGUCGGGGUAGCAGCAGCAGCAGUCGCAGCUGGGGGGGCGGCGGCGGUAGCGGGCCGAUCCCGUGGGCUUCGAAGGCCGGGCACGUCGAGACGGUGUUCUCGUGCGAGCACCGGCCGGGAGACCCGGACACUCUGGCGACCGGUAGCUACGGGUCGAGCGUGAAGGUGUGGCACGUGCCCACCAUGGACCUAAAGGUGACUCUCAGCGGACCGACCGGCGCGAUCUACUGCGUGGCCUGGAGCCUCGACGGGAAGCGGAUAGCCUCCACAUCCGGCAAGGGUACGGUUUGGAUCUGGGACGUCGGGUCGCGCAAGGUCGAGCGGCAGAUCCGCCUCCACGCUAGCGCCGCCCACCGGGUGCAGUGGGACCCGUUCCAACCCGGGCGCCUUGCCUCCGUUAGCGCGGACAAGACUCUGGUCGUAUUCAGCGACAAAGGGACAGUGUAUCGCGUGUACACCCACCCGGAUGCGCUCUUCGGCUGCAACUGGUGCCCGACCCGCGAAAACGUCAUCGCGACGGGCUGCAAGGACGGCAAGGUCCGGGUGUUCGAUUGUUCGUGGACGAACGGGCUGGAGCCUCAAUACAUGUUGUCCGGACACACGCAGAGGGUGUUCCACGUUUGCUGGUCCCCCCUCCUUGAGGGAACGCUAGCGAGCGGCUCCGACGAUGCCACCGUCAUAGUGUGGCGCCUUCCCCGAAAGGCCCUGCCGAGAUCCGAGCCCGCCGGCGCCGCCUGCAAGGUCUCCCCGAGCGCGGUCCUCAGGGGACACACGAGCAACGUCCGGCCGCUGCACUGGAACAGCGAGGUUCCUUGGCUGCUGCUCUCGGGUUCGUGGGACGGAACAGUGCGAGCGUGGGACGUCCGCAAGGCCGGAGUCCGGUGGGGUAGCGGCAGCAGCCAUCAGGGCUCAGAGAAGGGGAUCGGAGGAGGCGGCGACGAUACUACUGCGGCCGGCGGCGAGGGCCGCCUCGAGGCCUGCAUCGCGGUCAUGUCCGACCACGUCGCCGACGUGUACGGGCUCUCGGCGUCCCCCUCUCGGCCGUUCCUGUACGCCUCGGUCUCGAGGGACACGACGAUCAGGCUGUUCGGCCUCGAGGGAGUCGCGUCCAGCAUCAGGACGGGGGCCGUCCUCUCGGGCGGCUCGUUGUCCUCCGCGCUCUCGGACGCCGCGAGCGCCAUGCUCCCCGCGUCCCCGACGGCGCUCUGCGGCGCCGCGUCCAGGCUCGCGGAGACCCAGCUGCGUGGCCUGCGGCGCACCGAGGGGGUGGAAUCCAUCGCCGUGUUUCGAAAGCUGUUCGACUACUUCUGGGCCUCGGACGGGGUCGACACUCUCUGGGAGAUGGUUCGCUGGGUGGACGCCGCCGCUACCCGCGCCCCAAACCUUUCAGCAUCCGGAGAAUCCGCAGCGGCCUCCCGGGGAGUGCCGACCGGGCAACGUCAGGACCGGUUCUCGGGGGGGGGACAGCGCGGCGAAAGCGGAACGGCGGGCUCGAAGCCCGACGUCGGGAGCGGUGGGAGCCGGACGCUAUCGCUGCGGGGGGUGCCGGAAGGGCUCAUGUGCGUGGAAGAGCGCGUCGUGCACCGCGACGCGAGGCGGGAGUCCGACGGAGCGCUCGCGAGGCUCCUGCGAGCGUCCCCGAGGUUCGUCGUCCAGGACAGGCGGCUGGGCCGGUCGGACCGCUUGGAGCGCGCGUCCCGGCUCUGCCUGGGGGCGGGAGACCUGAAAGGCUCGUGCGAGGCGCACAUUUCUCUCGGGAGGUGGCAGGCCGCGUUGGCCCUCGCCCCGGGUGUGGGGAUGGAGUACUGGAGAGCGGUCGCCGACCGCUACGUCCGGGAGCUUCUUGUGGGGGAGGCGAGGGGUGGUGGCUGCGUCGAUGACAACGGCGGCGGCGGCGGCGGGGGGGGGCAGACCGGCGGCGCGGACGCGACGGCGUUGGCCGCGGCGCUGCUGGCAUCGACGGGGAGGCCGAUGGAGGCUGUCCGGGGCGUCCUCGAAGGAUCCGAGGACGCGUUGUCUUUGGCGGUCGCGGUGGCGGACGGGGCCUAUCCGCCGCCGCCGGAGCCUUUGCCCCAGGAAGCGCCGUCGUCGAUCGACGCACGCGCCGUCGGUGAGGCGAAAGGAAGCGACCGGCGACACACGGGAGAGGGGGUCGAUAUCAUCGCGGUGGGGAAGGAGACCGCCGGAACUCGCAGUGCGGAGGACGGAAGAGAUAGGGACGCGAAACCUCGGGCCCCGAGGGACGAUCACAAGAACGAGGAAGGAAGCGCAGACGAAGAUCUCGGAGGCGGCGGGGCUGCGAGUGCAGAGGACGAGGAGGGGAAGGGCACGGCAUUGCAGAAAUACGAUGGACCCGACGGUGUCAGCGCUGGCACCGUGGACAGGGGAAGCGGACGCGGCAGGGGGGUCGCCGGCGGGAGAUUUUCUUCCAUGGAGGAGGGGCCGGGGUUCAAAGGGGACACCGCAUCGGCGUUGCCGCCCUCGCAGUACGCCCGGCGACAUGACUUACAUCCGAACAGUACGUCACCGUCAGUGACAGAAGCAGCAGACGCUCAGCGCGCCCAAGGCGAGGAAACGCUGCUCUCUAUAACGGAGUCCAAAGCGGAGGAGUUCUUUCAGGCCUCGCAUCCUGCUUUAGCGGCAGCCGCGAUGCUCUCCAUCUGCGACGGCAGCCGCGCGACGGCCGCGUCCGCUCUGGCGUUCCUCGUCCGAGGAGAAGAGCCAGAGCUCGCCUACGCCGCCGCUAAAGCCCUCAAGUUCCCGGCUCGAGAGCUCACCCCGCUCGUGCGGGAGAUGGCGCGAAGGGCAGAGGCUUGGGGAGACCCGAACCUGGCGGUCGAGCUGUUACUGAACGCGGGGGGUGACGAGGAAAGCUGUAGCUUUGAGCGCGGUUGUCACACCGGCAGCAGCAGAAGCAGCGUUAACGGCAACGAUACCGCCAAAGGUGGAUACUGGUCGUCUGACGUGUACGGAGCCCUCGGAGAGGAGGCAGGCCCGCGGGGUGCCGCUAUGGUGGCGACCCGGGCGGCCGCCAGCAGGCGACGGGAGAGCGGCGGUGGCAGCAGCAGAAGAAGCACUGAUCUAAAUAGCGCCGACCCUUGCCCGAGCUUGAGACUCAGAAGCACGGCGUCCUAUCUGGACGAUGCAGCGGCGGCCUUACGCCGCGGCAUGGACGUCGAGGCGGUGAGGCUCCUGGUGCUAGGGGACGACCUGGAGCAGGCGGCGGAGCGCGGCGUUUGUUUCCUGCGAGAAAUCGUGCAGGCCUUGCCGUUCCCGCGCUGUUCCGCCAACAACAGGUCUGCGGCUGCGGUUGUGCGAGCUCUUAGCAGUGGGAGCGGGGGUGGGAUGUCAUCGAGCGUAGUCUCCCCGGGCUUGCGGAUGGAAGUUCUCGCGUACGCGAGCUAUGUCGGGGCGAUCGAGGCUGUGGCGAGGGGUUACCACCCCGUCGUUGGCUCUCUCUUGCGGACGGCUUCCACUUGCGUUCAAGCUGCCGAGAGGAUGGCCUCGGAGGCGGAGGCAACGGAGAAGGGGUGCAGAUACCAAUCCGACAAAGAGGACAACGAGAAAAAAAUUAGCGAGAUGGGGGAAGCGGGAGUGGCGGCGGCGCAACACCGCCGCCGCAGCCGCUCGCCGCGCAGACGGUGGGCUGGACGAAGCACUAGAUCGUCGCCGCCGCCAUCGCACGGGAGAUCCCGAUCGACGUCCCCCUCGAACAACGGUGGUGGUGGCAGAAGAAGUAGGGAGUCCUCCCCCACCGGACCGCCCCGUUCCGGGGUCUUCCCGCCGUGCAUGUCCGUGGGAGCGCUGGCCUUGGCUUCCGUCCAGUACCUGAACGGGUGGGCCAAGAGGCAGGCGAGCGCGGUGGCGCCUUCUUCGCCGCCGGCGAGAACGCCUGCCGCGUGUGACGUGCCGGGCUAUGCCCUAGAGGCCGGGCUGAGCUGCGCGCGUCGGGUCCGCAAUGAGGCAAACCACCACAUGCACGCCGGCGAUGCCAAGGCCGUGUAUGACUCCGAACACCCGGCGUUGGCGCCUGAGGAGAAGAGCAACAAGGCCGGCGGCGAGGGCGGGGGGCCGAGGAGCAGGAGGGGGAGGAGGAAGGGCGAGUUGGUGAUCGUCAACAACCACCGCAACCGCGUCAUCAGAAACACGACGAGGUCCUCCUCACCAUCGACACGACCUCCACGCUACUUUGAAUGGCAAGACAACAAGGGUGGAGGAGAGAUCAUCACGAGCGGCUCCCGCCUCCCCAGCUGCCGCCGCCACGAGCGGGUCGCCUGGAGAGCGCCACGCAGGAGCGGCGCGGUUAACAACUCGUCAUCGCCUCGCAAGCGAGAGCCACGACCCUUAGCCACGUCCUCGCCAAAGUUCGGGCACGACGUGUGGCCCAGAGCGAAGGGCGCGACCUUCUUGCUGGAAGACGGGGAGACGGUAAUCGGGCUGAACGAAGCCGUCAUGUGGGCCAAGGUCAACCCUUUCAGCCCUCUCAACACCGGCUGGCGGAUAUCGCCCUUCUGA